AUGCCAGAGAAGGGUCACGAAAUCCCUUUAAGAAAUUCCCGCAAAAAGUGGCUAUCCCGACUUUUACGAUGGUCAGUUUCCUCUAUUUGCUGGAUCUCAUAUAUCAUAUAUCGCGGCGUGGUGGUUGGGCAAAUAAAGUUCUAUCCGAGAAAAGGAAAAAUGAUCAUACACCCUCGGAAUAUUUGGACCAAGCGGAUUGCUCUGCUAUUAAAGAUAUUGACACUGCUAUGCAAUUAUUCUUUCACUGAAUAUUUAUGUAUGGCGUUUCUUCCGAUUCUUCCGAAAAAAUCAGAAAGUUUUUUUGAUAAUCUGAUAGAGGCAAUUGCAGUGCAACUAUCGCUUUGGAAUACCGCUCGCCUUUAUUCUUGGCUGAAUAGCCUAUCCUGGAAUCGCUCAUUUGUGGAUCGUGUGAAUGACGUUAUCCGGGUAAACGCUCAUUUAAACUCAAUUCUCGGACCUCUAUCCUUGGAUGGUAUCUCGCUGUUGAUCCUUUACGUAGUGCAUUUGCAAUUUACUCUGCUGCAGACUAUUAAUCAUUCUUAUAUAGUACCGAUGCUAAACACCCUGCUGCUGGGGUUAAUUUGUAAUGUGUAUGUGGCUUACCAAAUGCUUCUGCUAUCUUGGAUCGCUGCUAUCAAUCAUUUUCUGAAGGACUGCCAAGAGGAGCAGGAGCCAAACAGAAAGCAACGAAAGAAACUCCUUCGGCUACUGCGGAUUUAUGCAAAAAUUAGUAAUGUCCACCAGGAUAUCAAAGUGCUCUGGCUUCCAGUGGCAAGCAUGCUUUUCUCGAACAUCGUUGAGCUAGUGAGAAAUUGGUCAUACAUUAUCGAAUGGAUAUUUUUCCACCGCCAUAAAACUGUGAUGCAGAAAUGGAGCUUCGUUUUCUGGAGAUAUCUGGGCAGCGGAUUUGCGCCAUUGUUGAGGAUGCUACUCAUUGGUCUUUGUAAUGACCGUUUGGUUCAAAUGCAGGACUUUCUCAAUUUGCAGCUUCUGAUAAUCGAUCUGAGACAUACAAAAUUUAAACAGUUGGAUGGGAACUUUGUCAGUCAGCUCAAGAACCUGCAAACCUGUUUUGAUCUCCAACUAAGGGCACAACCCAUUAGGAAUCAAAUUAUGAGUGUUAAUCAGGAGUGUGGAUGUCCUUUCGCCCUGGACUUCUUCUUCUGUACCGUGCUAAAUUCCAUUAGCUGCGUUCAGUAUAAAAUGGCAAAUGGAAUUAAUAGCGACUGA